GGAAAUUAUGGCAGACGUCACUGGCCCUUGUUCGAGACUCGAUCAUUAUAAAAUAAAUGGCUUUAUAUAGCAGGUUGUUGCCUCGCUGGCAUUGUGAGUGCUAGCCAGAUAUUUGCUGUACAUCACCUACAUCGCCAAACAUCAUGAAGAUACCUGAGUUUACCUUGGCUGAGGGACAGCCAAUUCCCGAUCCUAGUGUCAGCACUACUCUGCCAACGUUUGGUGGUGGAGCCCUGACAACUCUCGGAGACACCCUUCUUCUCGAGACCUUGGCCCAUUUCAAUCGCGAACGAAUUCCGGAGAGAGUCGUGCAUGCUAAAGCCGCCGGCGCCUGGGGUCAAUUCGAAGUUACCAACGACAUUUCCCACCUUACCACUGCUAAAUUCCUCAAUGGAAUAGGCAAGAAAACUCCAGUGCUUUUCCGCGGCAGUACCACUAGUGGCGAGAAAGGCAGCGCCGAUACCGUGAGAGAUGUCCGUGGCUUUUCUGUGAAGUUCUUUACCGAAGAGGGCAAUCAUGACAUUGUUGGGAAUCAUGUUCCGGUCUUCUUCGUCCGUGAUCCAAUCAAGUUUCCGUCAUUGAAUCGCAGUCACAAGAGGCACCCAACAACCAACAGGGUCGAUCCUACCAUGUUUUGGGAUUUCCAUGUCAAUCAUCCUGAGAGCUUCCACACUCUUCUUCAUCUUUUUGGAUCUCGCGGCAUCCCUGCAUCUGUCUGCCGUAUGACCGGCUUCGGUGUACAUACCUAUAAGUUGAUUGCUCCAGACGGUUCCUUCAGAUACUGCAAGUUCCACUUCCGUCCCACACCGGGCUCUGCCAAUAUCUCGGCUGAAGUGGCCGAACGUCUUGCCGGUGCAAAUCCAGACUACCAUACCCAAGAACUGUUUGCUGCAAUUGCGUGCGGAGACUACCCAGUAUGGAACUUCUUCAUCCAGGUCAUGGAGCCGGAACAAGCCGAGAAGUAUGGCCUAGCCUUGUUUGAUAUUACAAAGGUCUGGCCACACAAGGAUUUCCCAUUGAUCCCUGUCGGCAAGAUGACAUUGAACAAGAAUCCUGAGAAUUAUUUCGCCGAAAUUGAACAGGCCGCUUUCUCUCCUUCUAACAUGGUGCCUGGUAUCGCGGUCUCACCCGAUCCUAUGCUCCAAGCCCGUAUGUUUGCUUAUCCCGAUGCCCAGCGCUACCGUCUCGGUGCAAACUACACGCAAUUGCCACCCAACCGACCAGUAGUGCCCGUUUACGCACCCUACGAGCGUGACGGUGCAGGCACAAUGACUCGUAACUACGGCGGAGAUCCGAACUAUGUGCGCAGCCGGUAUACUUCUGCAUCGAGAAGCAAGUCCGCGCAAGAGGUGCGGCAUGACGAGUGGUUGCUCAGGAGUGGCGCCGUGCUGGGGUUGAACGAAAUCCCCGUAGACGAAGAGGAUUACACGCAGCCAAGAGACCUGUGGAGAAGAGUGUUUGAUGACGAAGAACGGAGGAAGUGGGUAGCAACCGUCUCCAGGAAUUUGGCAGAGGUACCCCCAGAAUUGCAGAAGGCUGCCAUCGAAAUGUUCGGCAAGGUAGACCCGCAGAUUGCGGAGAUGCUCGUGGCACAGUUAAAGGAAACACCUAGACUAUAAGAGGGUCAAGAAGACAGCUUGUUAUCGUUUCCAAAUUCUACAUAUGUUUGUUGCAGGAGUUCAGGGCAGGCAGCGAAAUGAGAAAAGCUC